AUGGUCGGCGGACGUUCCACACCAUCCAUAGGCGCUACAGCAAGUGCCAAACGAAGAGCCGGAGCAGCAACCGGGGCCGCUGAUGCUACGGGUACUUUCGAUGAUACUGUGGGUACUGCGGACGAUGGUACGGGUGCUGCUGAUGAGACUGCGGGUACUGCAGACGAUACUACGAGUUUCGUCGAGGAUACUGCAAGUGUUUUCGAUGACGCCGCAGGUGUUGUGGAAACGAUAACCGCUGGCGCUGAAGAUACCGGCGAUUUGCAGUCCCCAAAUUUAGCCUGGCAUCCAGUUCCGCAAUGUUGUGGUGUGGAACCACAACGUCCAUUCUUAGAACAACAGUUUCCCCAAGACGAAUUCUUGCAAGAAUAG